GACGUGUAAACGUAGUCAAAUAAUGAGUGCCGCUAUAUAUACUGUGUACAGAUACAUACAUGACCAAACAAUCGCCAAAAAUCAUCUCAUGAAGCGAUGGUUUCUGCUUCAUUCUAUUUUGAAAUUGAAUGACAAACAACAUGGCAUUCGUUGUAACUGUUAAUAAUUUUAUCGUACUGGUGUUAACACUCUCAAUUUUCUUUGUUUCUUUAACGAAUUCCGCGAACAGUUAUUACGCAUCUGCAAGAGUCGAGAGUUGCAGAGGUUGCUCGUUGAAUCGACUGCCGGAUGUCAAGCAAUUUAUCUUUGAGGAUCUGCCGAACUACAACAAUGUGGAAUUUAAACAUAUACAAGGUGCAAUACCAGAACUUGUAUUAUUCAAUGAACAUGAAGAGGAAGUGGAACGAUUGGUAUUGUCUACAUUAACCCGAGAAGAGUGUAAUGAGCUGCUAAUCUCUAAAGGUUUCAGUAAAAGAUCCAAAGACAAUAAGGAUGAAAUGUAAUUCUUCAAGUUAACAUGUACUUAUUGUGAGAAAUAUUAGACUAGUCAUAAAUAACUCU